CUACCCAAUAGAGAAUGUCUGAUUACACCCCAGAGAAUUCAAGCCGACACAAUAUUCGAGCAAUUAGUACGUUCAUGUGCUGACAAGACCUGUAACCCCUUUAGUGGUCAGAGAUCAAUAUGAAGAUGGUGAGCUUUAUUUACGAAAGAUGUCGAGAAACAACUCUAGAAAAAGAAACUCAAGGCAGAAAUCAGAAGAGCGAUCUGCUGAUAAAUAUAAAGACAUGGACUUUGGUAACAAAAUUCCAAAUACUAUAACUUCUCAGUCAGAUUAUUAUGGCUCUCCUAUGAAGCGUAACAGAGGUAGGAACAGCAACAAGAGCACCCUCUCGUUCUAUAAACAUGUUAUGCGAGUAUCUAGAGUAAAUGGUUCUUUUGGCAAAAGGAGAAAUUUCAGAAACAAGGGAAGGAUCAGAGUUAACACUCAUAAUCCUGCUAGACUUCCUGCCAAUGACUUUGACAUUGAUGGUCUAGACCAAGACCUCCCUACAAUAGACUUGAUGAUCGAUUACCUCGAAAAAGAAAUGCCAAAAGACGAUUACUUAGAUAGCUAUGGAUUCAACAUGGAAGAAAUGAUGAUGCAUAACAUGAAACUUAGAGAUAAAAUCACAGAUAUGAUAAAGCUCUGCAAAGAUGCUAUCCUAAGAGCUUCAAAUUUGAAAUAAGACAAUAAUCACUCAUAGGACUAUUCCUCAAGACCCUGAGUUGCGUGAUAAACGUGAGGAACUGAAAAAUUUUCAGAAACAGAAUUUAAUCGCACAGAAGUACAUCAAAGGCCUUAGCCAGAAGGCAAUGUCAAUGGAGGAAAACAAGAAGGUGGUAUCUUAUACUAAUAAAAUCCAAAAGUUAAACAAAGAGGUUAUCAAACUAGAAUCUCAUAAAAAGAAGCUCGUAGACAGUUUGUAUAAUCAAUGGAAGGACUUAACUAGCUUAAAUCCCUCUUCUGAGAUUAACUCCAAAAUCUCAAAAGCCGCUUCUAAAAUAGCUGACUACAAACAAGCCAACCUUGCUGCACAAAAUGAGCUAAAAGACCUCGAACUUCUCCACAAAUCUAUCCGCAACGAAUACACUAAACUCUCCAAGCACAAAAACGCCCUUAUCAAUAAAUAAAAUCGCACUACGAAACAACAUCCCACAGCGUGAAUUUGACAAAUAAGUCAUUUGCUCUACAAGAAGAAUACGAAACCCAAAAGAACAAGCACGAAAACUUUAAAACCCUAAUGAUCGAUAGAGGAAUUAAGCAAAUCGAUAAAAUCUUCGCUAAAGAGAAGCAAUGUGCUUCUCUUGAAGAGAAGAUUUUAGAAGUGAAGGCACGACUUGUGAAGGAGACUGAACGGAGUAGGAGGAAUUAUGAGGUGGUGAGGAGGAAGAGGGAGAGGGUUAAGGAGGUGAGGAAGGAAGGGGGAGGAAAGAGGAGUGGGGGAAUAGGGGUGCUAGAGAAAGAAGAAAUAGGGAUUUUUGACUGUAAAGAAGUGAAUUUUAAGCAAGUUUAG